UACACAUUCGACAAUAUUGGUCCCUUUCUUUACUACACAGAUAACCCAAAUGGCUCUCAGACUUUUGACCAAGGGAGCUGCAGUUACUGCUGCUCGUCCUAUGUUGACCGCCUCCCGCCAGACCGUUGGUGCUCACUUCGUUCGCAACUACUCCAGCAACGAAGUUGAACCCAAGCAGAAGGCUUCCAGCAUCGUCGAUUCCUUGCCUGGAAACUCCCUUGUCUCCAAGACCGGUUUCGUCACCCUCAGUGCUGGUUUGGCCACCUUCCUUAUCUCCAAGGAAAUCUACGUCUUCAACGAGGAAACUCUUGUUCUUGUUGCUUUCGGAGGUCUUGAGCCUUACAACAGCAUGGCUGAUGAGCACAUCAACCGUAUUAAGAACGUCCUCUACAAGGCACGUAACGACCACAAGAGUGCUGUCAAUGAGCGCAUCGACCAAGUUGGUCAAAUGAAGGACAUUGUUGAUGUUACUAAGAACCUUUUCGCUCUUUCCCGCGAGACUGCUCAGCUUGAAGCCGAGGCCUUCGAACUCAAGCAAAAGGUUUCCGUCGCUCAAGAAGUCAAGGCUACCCUCGACUCCUGGGUCCGCUACGAAGCCACUGUCCGUGAGCGUGAGCAGAAGCAACUUGCUGCUUUCCUCAUUGAGAAGAUCCAAAAGGAUCUCGAGGACCCCAAGGUUCAACAACAAAUCUUGGACCAAGCUGUUCUUGACGUUCAGAAGCUUACCGCUAAAUCCGCUUAGACUUUGUUCUUUUAACCAUGGAAUAAAUAUAUAAAAUAAAAACUAUCAACAUUGAAUCUGGCUGGUUUAUUUAUGCCUGCUAAUGAUUCUGAUUCAAUCAAAACGCGACUUCAAUAUAAUUAUGUAGCUUCAACCUCACCGAC